CCCCUGAGGUGUCUAGCUGCAGUGCUCUUACAAGAUGAAAAGGACAUGGAGUUUGGGCCUGAACUUCAUUAUCUGUAACUAAGGUUUUAGCUGGAAACCCCAACCAACAAAAAGCAACGCGCCUAGACACAUUUCUAGUACAAGCCACCUGGAUGCCCGCGGGGCAAAGGAAAGAUGAGCUAUUACGGUAGCAGCUACCCGAUUGUGAACGUGGACCCCAAAUACCCAGGGUACCCGCCCGAGCACCUCAUCGCCGAGAAGAGGCGAGCCCGGAGGCGCCUUCUCCACAAAGACGGCAGCUGCAAUGUGUACUUCAAGCACAUUUUUGGAGAAUGGGGGAGCUAUGUGGUCGACAUUUUCACCACCCUCGUGGACACCAAGUGGCGCCACAUGUUUGUGAUAUUCUCUUUAUCCUACAUUCUCUCCUGGUUGAUAUUUGGCUCGAUCUUCUGGCUAAUAGCCUUUCAUCACGGAGACCUGUUAAAUAACCCGGACAUUACGCCUUGCGUCGACAACGUGCAUUCCUUCACGGGGGCCUUUCUGUUCUCCCUGGAGACCCAAACCACCAUCGGCUACGGGUACCGCUGUGUCACGGAGGAGUGCUCGGUGGCCGUGCUCGCGGUCAUCCUGCAGUCCAUCCUCAGCUGCAUCAUCAACACCUUCAUCAUCGGGGCCGCGCUGGCCAAAAUGGCAACCGCCCGCAAGAGAGCCCAGACGAUUCGCUUCAGCUACUUUGCGCUCAUUGGCAUGAGAGACGGGAAGCUCUGCCUCAUGUGGCGCAUCGGGGACUUCCGACCCAACCACGUGGUCGAGGGUACAGUUCGAGCCCAGCUCCUCCGCUACUCGGAAGACAGCGACGGGCGCAUGACCAUGGCGUUCAAAGACCUGAAGCUGGUCAAUGACCAGAUUAUCCUCGUGACACCCGUGACUAUUGUUCAUGAAAUUGACCACGAGAGCCCCCUGUAUGCCCUUGACCGGAAAGCAGUGGCCAAAGAUAACUUUGAGAUUUUGGUGACAUUUAUCUAUACCGGGGACUCCACGGGGACUUCCCACCAAUCCAGGAGUUCCUAUGUUCCCCGGGAAAUUCUUUGGGGCCACAGGUUCAAUGAUGUCUUGGAAGUUAAGAGAAAGUACUACAAAGUGAACUGCUUACAAUUUGAAGGCAGCGUUGAGGUAUACGCGCCCUUUUGCAGUGCCAAGCAGCUGGACUGGAAAGACCAGCAGCUCCACAACAUGGAAAAAGCGGCCACAGUCCGAGGAUCCGGCGGCGUGUCAGAAACCAGGGUCAGAAGAAGGUCGUUUAGUGCAGUUGCCAUUGUCAACAGCUGCGAAGGCGCAGAGGAGACCACCGCCUCUGCCAUGGAUGAGUGUAAGGAAGCACCUUACCAGAAAGCUCUCCUGACUUUAAACAGAAUCUCUGUAGAAUCCCAAAUGUAGUCACAAACUAUAAUUGCAUUUAAUCAUUUUACUAUCUAGCAAUUACUUUCAGGCAAGUAUUAGUUAUAAAAAGGGCUUUAAAAGAACAUUAUAGUUCUGUAUGAUGCUU